CCAGCGCGCCGCUUCGCUCAUCCUCGCGGCGGAAAGUGGAAUAUUUUCGUCUCCAGGCCGUUUAAACUCCGCCGCUGAAGCGCAGGAGCGGGUCCUACCGACCACCUGGCCCGGGUCCCGGGGUUCCGUGGUCCCAGGAGCCGAUGUGGGUGUCGGUCUGAAGGGGGUUGUUCUAUCCGACUAUGGCCACCGACAACAGGAUCAAUUUCUGGAGGAGAAACGCGAAGGUUCCCGGAAGCGUGCAGCCUGUUUACGGAGCGCAGCACCCCCCCCUGGACCCUUGUUUACGGCGGACGUUUCCUAAAGACUCAAAGCCAAAGUACAACAACAUCGGGUCUAAGAAAGCCUGCAGCUUUCACGAGUUUGCCAGCAGCACUGACGAUGCCUGGGACAUCGAUGAUGAGGAGGAUGAGGAGCUCCGCAGGACCCCCCCAUCAGGCCCAGUCUCCAUCCAGGCCUCGCUGCUGCAUCAGGCAGGAGACCCAGAACGUAGACCCACCCACCCCAGAACAGAGGCUCAGAGCCUCCCGCCGCCGCAGGAGGACGCCGCUGAGCACGUCAACGGCAGGGUCGGGAAGUCUAGCAGCGACGCGGACCUCAGCACGUCCUCAGUUCGCUCCUCGCUGCAGAAGCAGCAGUCUCUCCCGGUUCGUCCCAUCAUCCCUCUGGUGGCUCGGAUCUCGGACCAGAACGCUUCGGGGGCUCCGCCCAUGACCGUCCGGGAGAAAACCCGGCUGGACAAAUUCAAGCAGCUGCUGGCCAGCCCCAACACCGACCUGGAGGAGCUCCGGAAGCACAGCUGGUCUGGAAUACCAAGGGAAGUUCGUCCGAUAACAUGGAGGCUUCUCUCUGGAUACCUGCCAGCUAACCGGGAGCGCAGGGAGCUGGUGCUGCAAAGGAAGAGGGAGGAAUAUUUUGGGUUCAUCGAGCAGUAUUACCACUCCAGAACAGACGAGAACUACAAAGACACCUACAGACAGAUCCACAUCGACAUUCCCAGGACCAACCCUCUCAUCCCGUUGUUCCAGCAGCCAGCAGUCCAAGAGGUGUUUGAGCGGAUCCUCUUCAUCUGGGCCAUCCGCCACCCGGCCAGCGGUUACGUCCAGGGCAUCAAUGACCUGGUCACGCCCUUUUUUGUCGCCUUUUUGUCUGAAUUUGUCACGGAAGACGUGGAGAACUUUGAGGUGGCGGCGCUUCCUCAGGAGACCCAGAGGAACAUCGAAGCCGACAGCUUCUGGUGCAUGAGCAAACUGCUGGAUGGCAUUCAGGACAACUACACGUUUGCUCAGCCGGGCAUCCAGAACAAAGUGAAGGCUCUGGAGGAACUGGUCAGCAGGAUUGAUGCCGACAUUCACAGUCAUUUUAAGAAGUAUGAAGUGGAGUACCUGCAGUUCGCCUUCCGCUGGAUGAACAACCUCCUGAUGAGGGAGCUUCCUCUUCGUUGCACCAUUCGUCUGUGGGACACCUACCAGGCUGAAACGGAUGGUUUCUCCCACUUCCACCUGUACGUGUGCGCUGCCUUCCUCAUGGAGUGGCGUAAGGAGAUCCUGUCCAUGCUGGACUUUCAGAGCCUCCUCAUGCUCCUGCAGAACCUCCCUACCAUCCACUGGGGGAACGAGGAGGUGGGGCUCCUCCUGGCUGAAGCCUAUAGACUCAAGUACAUGUUUGCAGACGCCCCGAGUCACUACAAGAGGUAGACCAGCCCGCCGUAGGGGCAAAGGUCACACUGGAUGACCCAACCUCCGGACAGUGAAGAUCAAGUGUUAGCGGCUAACGUGCUAACGGACUGUUACAGGAUAUUUAACCACUCGUGUUUAAAGAUUUUAGUUGUUGGUCUGGUUGUAGGCGGCGCCCGCGCCGAGCGCCACACUGGAGGAGGAUGAAUGUUUGUGAAACGGUCCUUUUAGUGAAAGAUGGUGUUUAUUAAGAGGAAACUUUAUUAUAAACCAGGUAAUUGUCAUUUAUUUCCCUUUAAAUCUCAUUUAGACAAACACUGAUGAGUUGUUUUAGACAGGAAUCACGGUGGCCCCAGCAGGAAGCUGAGUGUCGUUCCACUUCCUGAUUAUCUCAUGAACGACCUCCCAACCUGAGCUCCAAGCAUCUUUCCUUUCUCCCCAAGUUCAUCUGAUGGAUUCCUUUAUUAUUUAUUCAACAAAUGCAGCUUGUAAUGAACGUAUCGGCGUGAUUGUGUUUCAUGAUGAACACAGAUCUAGUCAGAGCUAUAAACACUCGUCUCAGAGAAGGCACAAGCCGAGGUCGGAGUGCUUUUGACCUGAUGGAGGAGCCGAAGCCGUGGAAAUCAGGAGAUGUUGGUUCUCGUUGGUCCUGAAGCUCAUCCAGUCACCACGCACCAGUAUGCUUCUGUUUUACCUGUUCAGGUAUUUAGUUUUUGUUCCUGAAGCGUGCAGAUCAACCAGUGAUGAUGGCAUCACAACAUCAGGGUUUGUUUGAACUCUGAAGCUGGAGUCUGACAGUAAACGGCUACAGCGCUGCGUCACGCCCGACGCUUUCAUCGCCUUUAGGGACGAUCGCGCUGUGUUUAUGGUCGUGUUUAAUAAUGUUGUGUUCCUCAGUUUUUUCGACCAAUCCGAAUGUUUAAUGCUACGGUUUACCUGUAGCCAUAGACUGCGUUAAUCCAUUCAGGUGAGUCACUGAUUGUGUCGCUGCCACAGCGGUGUUGUUCACUUUGUGCUGUUUUGUUUGUGUUGUGAAGAACUUGAAGCUGUCGACCUGCUGAACAAACAUCCAUGCUCUUUAAUUAUUCAGUCAAAUGUUUGUUGUUUGGGCCCGUCUAAAGGUUUUUAAGUGCUUCACUAGUCCCAGCUGCUUCAGCCUUACAGCUGCUGCUGUAUGCUCAUUCCUUUUGUUUAUAUUAAAUGCAUUUCUACUCUUU